AUGAUCGGUAUCCUGUUCGCUACCCUGACACUGGCCACUGGGGCCCUCAGUUGUGGGGAUCCCGCCUACCCGCCUCUCUUGACCAGAGUGGUUGGAGGAGAAGAUGCAAGACCAUUCAGCUGGCCCUGGCAGGUGUCCCUGCAAUACAGUUCCAGUGGUAACUGGUAUCACACCUGUGGGGGAACCCUCAUUGCACCCAACUGGGUCCUGACAGCUGCUCACUGCAUCAGCUCUUCUCGGACCUAUCAAGUGCUUCUUGGCAAAUACAACCUAAAGGCUACUGAAGAAGGAUCGGUUGCAGUCAGUCCACAAAAAAUCAUUGUCCAUGAACGGUGGGACUCAAGCCGUCUUGCAGAUGGCAACGACAUUGCUUUGAUCAAACUCUCCCAGAGCGUUGCCCUGAGCAAUCAAAUCCAGCCAGCCUGCCUCCCCCCGGCAAACAGUCUCCUGGCCUCUGGCGUGGUCUGCUACGUAACAGGAUGGGGAAGGCUGCAGACAAACGGUGCUCUCCCAAAUAAACUGCAGCAAGGGCCAUUGGUCGUGGUGGAUUACGCCACCUGUUCCCUGCCUGCCUGGUGGGGUACCACAGUAAAAACCACCAUGGUCUGUGCAGGCGGCGACGGGGUGAUCUCCAGCUGCAACGUGAGUCCAGAGAACUUGGCAGUUAUGGGCGUGUCUUUAGAGAGUUCUGCAUUAUGGGAAGGGACGCUGAAGAUGAGGCAGGGUACUAGGAUCUACCCCUUCUAG